AUGGGCCACAUUGAGAAGUCUAUUCAAUAUGCAACUGAGAACGAACACCAAAAUAUUGUUAACAAUUUAUUGGUGCUUUUGUACAAAUUCGUUCGAACAAAAACAACGUCAUUCAAGAAGGCAGAUUUACCAUCGUUUCUUAAGCCAAAGUUAAAGUUGUUGAUAGAUCUACAUAGCAAAAAUUACUCACUGAUCUUACGUUUUGGAAUACUUCUCCUGGAAACAUAUAUACAGAUAGGAUCGAGAAAGGAAGCAAGUCAGUUGCUGGAUACUUUGGCUGGUGGUGUUGCACGUCAUGUUCCUGAGCAAAUGGCUGAACUUCUCGCAACAGCCAGUGGAGCCAACCUGACGAGUGCUGAACGUUAUAUAAACUGGGUGCUUGGUCUGUGCAGUAACAAUCAAACAGAAAUAUCUGCGAACCAGCCAUUCAAAAGUUCACAGUCUCAGGCAAAGGAGCGGAAUGUACAGAUGAAUGAGUCCUUAGCGCAAAGUUUAGUCAGCUUUGGGAUGGUACCUUCAAGUCGUUUAGCAAGACUACGAGCAAGUACAAAACAUCCCAGUGAACAAGUUGACGAAUUUUUGAAAAUUUUACAACUACUUGAAAUUCCAGAUGAAAAUAAUGAAUUAUUAAUGGAUAAACAAUUAGAAAAUAAAAUAUCAAACAUAGGAGACUCAUCAGUUGAUGAUAUCAAUCAAAGUAGUAACAAUCCUGAAACGACUAAUAAUUCCGAGGAGAUUAUAGAUGAUAUACUUUCUCCUAAAUUCUUAACCAGUGAAACCCGAUUCAAAUUAUUAGUUUAUUACCAAGCUAUGCAAAAGUGUUAUAAUCUGUUAGAACAAUAUCUAUCCUCUUCUAUACAUCAACCAGAAACAAUUAUUCAAGGUUGUCUUACUUUAUGGCGUUUCUGUUCACCACUUAUACAACACAGUUCACAGAAUAGAUUGAAGACAUUUAAAAGUUUACAACUGAUUAUUCAUCAUUUAACUAAACAAGAUAGUUUAUAUUUUCGCCUAAGAUGUGAAGUGCAUAUGAUGAUCGCUUAUUGUCAAGCCGACAUGGAACAAAUUACGGAGGCUUUAGAAAGUAUUGACAAUGCUAUGAAAUUCGAUGAAACAGGAGAGUUUGUAGCCAAUUUAAAUUAUUUCAAAAAAUGUUUAUUACUACGUUCAAAUUUAUAUGAAAUACCAAAUGAAACAAUUGACCAAGCACGUCAAAUUAUUGAACGUCUUCAAAAUACCAAUAAUUUAUCAUCAACUGAAAUAACAAAACUUUUAAAACAUAUUAAUUAUUUUAAUAAUAAUAAUAACAAUAAUAAUGAACUUGUUGAAUGUGAAUCGAGUGACUUUACUGACUUGUUGCGUACCUUAUUAAUUCAUAUCAGUAAACUGGUUGAUAAAAAUAUAUUUGAAGAAGUUUUUAAAUAUGAAACAAUUCAGUAUGGUAGUUCAAAAUUAUUUUCUGAGUACAAACAUAAAAAUCAUAAAGAACUGCUUUUUCGAAUAAGUUCCUACAAACAAAUAUGGUUACAAAUUAAUGAUACAAUUAAGCAUCAUUGUGAAGUGAUUAGUACAAAUGCUGAAUAUGAAAUAAAUGAAAAAUUACUUGUAUGGUUCGAUUUGAUCAAAUUAGCUAAGAAAUAUCAAAUGUGGGAUUUGUGUUCAACCAUUUGCCGAUUAUGUUUAGCAUUCGAUGAUGAUUCAUACUGGAACAUACUACUAAGAAAAUUAGAGCAGUAUCGAGCUACUCGAGUUAAACCUGUUAUUGGUCCAACAACCAACUUAAAAUCAACAGAUACAAAUUUAAAUACUCAAUUUGCAUCAAAAACAGAUAUUCAAAAUCCAGCAAACAAAUCAAAGUUGAAUCCACGUAACAUUACUAAUUAUCCUGAUAUUGUCACUAGUUUUGAAUUGAAAUUAUAUAGUGCAUUAUCUCAGAUUUAUUGUAUAUUCGCUGAAUGCGCAUGUAUUUUAUUACGUCAACAAAUGUGUGGUAUUCAACUGGCCGGUAGCAUGAAUAAUAUAAAUCCAACCUGGAUUGAUACUUCAUUAUUGACCAAUAAAGUUAGUAGUAAUGAUGACAGAAACGUCAGAAAAGCUGAAGAACAGCAUGAAUAUAAUGUACACUGGAAAAAUUUCUGUGAAUGGUUCAGCUAUGUCAAUGAAGCUGCAUUAUCAGCAUUUCAACGUAGCGCUGUUUUAUCUGCCAGAAUAGUCGAUUCACAUAAUUUGCAUUCAUGUGCUGUAUGUGUAUGGAAUUAUUGUCUUCCAAGUAUAUGUCAAAAUGAUCAUCGUCAUCUAACUACUACAUUCUCAGUGAUUUUGGAGAAUGCAAAUAAAAUUGGAUCUAGUUGUCUACCGAUUCAGUUGUAUAUUGAAAUGACCAUUGUACUUGCUCAUGGACUGAUUCAGCCUUGGCUUCCGAAACCAGUGAAUUUUUCUACUGAUGAAAAAACUAAACCUGUACAACCUACUACACAACAGAAAAGCCAGAAAGUAAGCCGAGGAAAAUCAGCCAAACCAAGUUUUUAUCUUGCACCUGCUGAAGGACAGACCUACAUUAAAAAAGCCAUAGACUGGCUAAUAGUGGCUGGAAAACUAUGUGAACCAAAUAGGUUGGAUUUACUACAAAAUAUUGAUGAUUCCUGUCAACUACAACCAAUUGUACCAAUCAGCACACGUUCAUCUUUAAUUGUUUGUUGGUUAUCAGCGAAACAGUUAAUUACCAACCCUCCAGUAUGUCGAGGUCUAUUUCCUUUAGAUCCUUCAACAGAAACUAUCAGUUAUACUGAUACAAAUCCUAUGUUAGAUUCUGAUAGUCAAACGCGUAAACUUGUAUUAACUAAUCAAAAAGAAGCUCAAAUGUACUUAGAAACUUUAAUAACUCGUACACUGAUAGCAGUGCAUUCUUUAUGGCUUACUAAUAAGCAUAAAUAUGUAUCUGAAUGGCCUGCUGCAGUCUCAAAACUCAUAGAUGAACAAAGUACUCAGACAUCAGCUGAACCAUUGAAACAAGGAGAUGUAUUAGCUGGAUUUAAAGAUGCUCCAACACUGACAGAGGCUAUUCAUUUGAUGCAAUUACUAUUUUGUAAUCAGAAAUCGGAUGUGCAUACUGAACAACCCACUGGUAAAACAAAUACAGUCAAAGAGCAAGAAAGUAAUAUUAAAUAUGAUUUACGAUUAAAUCAGACACCUAUAGAACGUUUUACAGAACUUGAACUAUGGACUCGUCUAGCUAUGACAGCAUUUAUAACAUCACAAUUCUCAUCUAUUCUAGAUAUAAUUGACAUGUCUAAUAUUCAACUAGAAUUAUAUCAAGGCAUUAAACAAUCCGAUGUGAAUAUUAAUUAUUGGCUAGUGCAUUUACUUUGUCUAAGAGGUUUAGCUGUAUGCGGUAUAUCAAAUCAAAUGAAACUAUUACGUCAACAAAAUUUAAAAACCAGUGGAAAGUAUACUCAACAGCAGCAACAAAUGCGUGGUAAACAACGUUUAACUGAUACGAAAUAUAAACAUGUUGAACUUUUGGGUUUAAAGCGUGAUAAAAGCUCAAUGAGUGAAGAUAGUCAAUCAAUUGAGAAUAGCCUAUUUGAAGCAGGCGAAGAGGCCUUCUAUAAAGCAUCCAAUAUCGCUCAUCAAAUUGGACGUUAUGAUUUAUUGGUCAUGUCAUCUGCACUAUACUGGGCAUUAUUAAAUCAUCCAAUUUUGGCACCAUCAAAUCAAAUCACUCUUGUUUUACAAAAUAUAGAAUCAUUUGAUAAAAAGAUUGAAAAUAUAACCAAAUGGUUGAGUCAAUGUAUGAAAACGGAAAUUCGAAAUGAACUAGCAGCACAAAUUCGAAAUAAUGAAAAUAAACAAGAUUUAUCGAGAGAGUUUUCAACAUUGAAAUUACAAUCUGUUCUAAUGGACACAGUCAAGUAUACAAAAGAAGUUUCCAGUUUAUAUGAAACUGCAGACAUUCCGUACCCUACAGUAAACCAAUUUGAAAUGGAUUUGCAGCUGAAAGUUGAAAUGUACCAGGCUUUAUACAAUGUUUAUUCAAAACAGGAAAAUUUUGCAGAAGCGUUGGCAGUACUGGCUAAAGCUACAAGUAGUUUACCACGUACCAAACACAGAAUGUCACUGUUUCGUCAACUGGUAGUGACGAAAGCCAAAUUAGGUCAGUCAGUAGAAAUGGACAUGCAAAAAUUCACAUCAGAACCAGAAUAUUUACAAGCACAAAUAUGGACAGAAAUUGCUUAUGCUAGUCCAGAUAUCAAUGUUCAAUUAAUGGCAUUCAAGCAUUCAGUUGAUGCUAUAAAAAAUCCCGAUUAUUGGGUGCUAAAAUCUGAUCUGUUACUGGAAUUUGCUCAAUGGUUAUUUGCCCAUGGAUAUGAAAUGCCUAUAUGUAUAAGUUUGGCUGAAGAAGCUGUGGAUAUAUUAAAUGACUUAUAUAGAAAACAUUGUGAUUUAGAUCAGUGUGAUGAAUCAAAGUAUAAUCAACUUAUAUUCAAUUCAAAAAAUCUUCAAUAUUUGGAUAUUUUAAUGAGAGCAUGCGUUUUAUUAGCGGAGUUUUAUGAAGCAAACAAUUCAAACAUUGACCAAGAACAUGACCUUCAUUCACUGGAUUAUUUAAUCAUGGCUGUUAAUUGUGUCAAAACUAUGUUACAUCACUCUGUGUUAUCAGUCAUUGAAAGCCCACGCGUGGACCAAAAAUCACCGAAAAGUCCUCGAUCCACUUCAGUUAAAAUGAGAUCAAAAUCGAAUACAGCAAGUGGAGGUGAGACUAAUCGUGGAAAACAAAGUCACCACAAUCCUAAUCAAAAGAAAAUAUUACCGGAAACAAUCAUUGAAUGGUCUAUUUAUGAAUUAUCCGAUGAUAUUAUACAAGCUUGGCAUAAAAAUUAUACAGAAUACCUAAGCAAAUCAACAAAUUUUAAUGAAUUUGAUUUAGAAAAUGAAAAUGUUAAUUUCUCUGGACUAAUGGAUAUAUAUUCUGUGAAAAAACAAAUUAACCCAUUGACAAUUCGUUAUCCUCUUAUAACUAUGGCGUGUUUGGACCGUUUGUUGGAUUUAUUAACUGAAAUGGGCCCAGGUCAACUUGGUUAUCCUAUUUUAGUCUUCCAAGACUGCCUCGUUCGCAGCUGGGCGAGAUAUGAUAAAUCUUCCUCAUUAGCGAAAUGUACUUGUAUUGGAAAACUGAUUCACUUGAAGUCUAUGGAACUUUCCUGUUGUUUAGGUUUAUUAUCUGGAGUAACUAAUCAUCAAAAUAAAUUAAAUCCUUUAUUACCAAAUGAACAAGAAAUUGCUGAUGCAUAUACACUAUUAAAAACAAAUCCAGCUGAUCCAUAUAUUAAAGAUUUAGUCAAAAGUUGGAUUGACAUAGGCGAUCGUUUAGCUCGAAUUGGUCAAUGUUCUCAUGCACGUACAUUUUUAAGUAUAUCGGAACAAUUUAUUCUACGUCAUAACGAUCAAAUGAAAUAUUGGUUGCUUGCAAGAGCGAGAUUAGCUCUAGCUGAAGGUCAAUACAAGUUAACUAGAUCAUUAAUUUCGAAAAUAUUUGCUUUUAAAAUAGAAGAUGAGUCAUUUUGGUUUGAUUGUCUAUCAAUCAGAAUUGAUGCUUUAUGCUAUGAUCCUAAUCUAACUAUACAUGAUUUGAAAUUAUCAGAAAUAAAUGAUGAUAAACAACAAUGUUUCGAGAAUUCUUCUUCUUCUUCUUCUUCUUCAUCUCCUUUACAUUUUGGAAUACAAACAGCUAUCAAAGAACUACAAUUAGCAAUAGAUGAUUUACAAAAAAGAAAAGAACAUUUUAAGUCAAGAAAUGGUUGGUUUAAUAAAUUACAAGGAAUACUUCUAUCAAAAAAAGCUCAAUUAAUUGCUAGGAUGGAUGAAAUGAAUUAUUAUCAUCAAACAUUAUUAUUCAAUUCAUCGGAUAAAUCCUCAACAUGUGAUUCACUAUCUCAUCCAAUAAAUUCACUGACAAAUCCAAAUGGUGCUCCAAAGUUAUUCGAAGAAGCUAUAUGUCUUUUGUCUUCAAAUAAACGAACUGCCCUUAGAGUAGGCUGGAUGCCAUUACUAGCCUACUGGGUUAGAGGAUUCAAACAUGAAAUAAACUCACAAAUCACAAAACUACGCACAAAAUCAUGUCAUCCAUCUACUGUUUGUAAUUCAUUCGAAACUGCUUUAACUAUUUCACGUCAAUGCUUAAAUUUUGCUCAUGAAACUGUCAAUUUAUCUGAAUCGUUUAGUAACAUAGAUGAAUUAAAAGGAUGUAGUUUACCAGUACAUCGAGAUUUAAUUGAAGUGAAAUUUAUGUUGAUCACUGUAUUACAUAGCAUCAUGAAAUUGCAUAUCGUCUAUAUGAAAACAAAACUUCAAGAAAAUGCUUUAAAAGAUCCAUUAUAUUGUGCUGUCGAAAAUUAUAUCGCUGAAGAUUCUUCAGACAAUUUGACAGAAACACUGGACAAAUGUGAUUGCACUAAACAGCGAUUGUGGGAUCAUUCUAUUUCAUCUGCAUUUGAUGAAGUAUCCUCUUUAUUAUCGGAUAUAUUUUCAAUGAGCGACAGACAACCUCAUCUAAUUGCCAAGUGUUUCUUUUAUUACGGUGAAUCAAUUUAUUUAAAAGGUCAACUAAUACUACCAGAUUUGCAAGAUAAUUGGAAUUCGAAUAGUAAUGAAGGUAAUGAAGGAGUUAAAUGUCAACCAAUAAUUCCAAAUAAUGAUAUUGUUCAAGAGAUGACAAAACAAAAUUUGGAAGAGAUUACCUUACAUUCAGGUUUUCGUUGGAGAACUCAUAACGAUGUACUCAAUGAUUUGAAAACUUACAAUUCAGUAAUGGAUCUAUUUUCACAUGCUUCAUCAUUAUUUAUUACAAGCUUGAAAAUCUGUUUCGCUCAAAACUUCUUGGGCUUAGCCCGUCAAGUUACUGAAUCUUUAUUGAAUUUGCUCGGUGGAUGUCAUGAAAAUGUUUCCAUCCUAACACAAGAUUUAUUAAUAGGAUAUCAAAGUUGUUCAACAGCUGUUCGACUGCGUACUCACCUCUGGCUAACAAUGUUAUCAUAUGAUGCGCGUAAAUUUGCUGGAGGUACUAUGUGUAAUUUAAAUGUAGAAAAUGAAUAUUCUGAUAGACCUAUAUUAAGUGCCUCAGAAGCACUUGUUCGCCAGUUAAUAUGGUCUUCUCCAGCUUCUGCAUAUGACGAUGAUAGUUUUUUCAGUUUAUUAGGAUUUUUUUCCACCACAGAGCCUUCAUCUUAUCCUGAAGCAUUAGCCUGGAUAACAGGACUUAAAGUUAAUCUAAUUUCUAAUCGCCUACGUUCCAUUGGAGGUUUGUGCAGUGGAUCAGAAGAUCAUAACAUAUCAGCCAGUCCAUGGAUACCAGUUAUUUUACGAAGUUUAAUGUCACAAUCACAAGCAUGGAGAGUAACUGAAGUGAAUCCUUCUAUAGUUUUUGAUUCAAGCAAAAUUAUUCAAUCAACUAUAAGUUCAUUACCUGGAUCCAGUUUACAACUGGCUAAAAAUUGGAAUCUUCUUAUUAUGGAACAUUCAAUUGAUUCACACUUUUUAUAUGUUGCUAUACCAAAAAAUACAAACAGAAUGAUGUCGAAUCGAACUCAGCGGGGCAGUAUACCAGCUAGCAAAAAUACAAACAAAGGCACUGUACAGUACACUUUCGUUAGACUAGAAACUGAUCCAGUUACACGAUGUCAAUUGAUUUUCUCAUGGAAAAAACGUUUAAAUCAUUUGAAUGAACAAUUAAAGAAAGCGGCAAAUAUUAAAAGUGACAACAGAAAUUUAUUUAAAGAAAUAACAAAUCGAAUUUUAAUGAUGAAAAGUCAUUUGUUUAAAAACUCUACUGAAGAUAUUCUAUUGUUCAACUAUUUGAAUCCAGUAUUUGAAAUAUUAUCAAAACACUGGUUACCAGAAAUCUAUUCAAAUACUAGUGAAAAUAAACCUGAUGAUGAUGAUAACAUGAAUAACAAUGAUCGAAAUGGAAUAACUUAUCAAAUGAAUAGCAUUAAUCAGUUAUCGCUUCAAUUAGAUCAAUAUUUAAACAACCAAUCAGAUCUUCCCAAAGAUGGAUUGAUAAUCAUUUCAGAUUUUUGGUUAAAUGAACUCCCAUUAGAAUCUUUAAUUACAAAUAUAUUAUUUAGUGAUAUUAGUAAAAAUAAUUGCCUACCAGUUAGAAGACAUAGUUCAAUGGUAAAGAAAUUUUCAAUGACAACAGUAACAUCAAAUUCUGUGAAACAAAACCCCUCACUUAAUUUGAAGAGAAAUUGUACAGUUUUACCAUUCAGUUGGUUAACAAGAGAAUUCAGUGUACAAUUACUUUAUUUACGCCAUCAGAACACACAGAAAACCGAUGAAUUGUCCAACGACACACAUGAACAAAGUCCACAACAUAAAACUUCAAAGAAACCAGAUACCAGCCGUGUUAAUAGUCGUCAUCCUUUAUUACGUGAUAUCGGGUCAAAACAACCACCAUUGCAGGUUUGCAAACAACAAAAUUCAGCAUGUCUUCUGAUUAAUACAACAUUUGUACGUUAUCUGGUUGAUCCAUUUAUGGAUACGGAAAUUAAUACUUCAACUACUUCCAGUAAUGUAUCAGAACAAAUAAUUGGUAAUAAUCAAAAUGAUUUAUCUGGUAAUACAAAUUUACAAAACAACAAACCAAUUAUUAAUGAUUCGUUUAAAAAUCAUUUUCAAUUAUUACUGAAAGAACCGAUAACACGUAGUCAACAAUUCACUUCACGUUGGAUUGGAUUAAUGGGUGAUAGUGAAAUUGAUAAAGUACCAUCUAAAGAAGAAUUAUUAGUAUUUUUAAAUGAAGGAGCUAGUGGAUUAAUCAAUUAUAUCACUGAAAAUUUCUUGUCGUAUUUGCCUCCAUCUAUGUUUAUCAAUUUGUCAAUUCCUAAUUGUCAUUUAAUAUGCCUUCUGGAUAAAGUUUACACAAGAACUAGCCGUCUUCGACAAAUUCGGCUGAACACUCACAAGACAAUAUUGGAAUGUGAACUAGAACAACCACUGUCUAUGGCGAUUAUUUCCUCAUUGACCGGGUCGCGUUCUACAAUACUGUUACAAUGGUCUACUCGAGUACACUCGAAUCAGUUUAGACUAGAAAAACUGAUGAGAUAUUUGUUAGAUCAAGUUUAUCCAAUUGGACAAUCAACUUUACUUAUACAAUAUGAACUUUUUAAAAUAGAAUUAGAUAAUUACGUGAAUUGUUUAAAACAAAUCACUGAAAGUAAAGACGUUCAAUUGUUAGAAAGAAAAUCAAUCAAUGAAAUGGAUCAACAAUUUGAUCAUCAAUUUGAACAUUUAGAAAUUCCAACAUUAGAACCAUUUAAUAUGAUUAUUUAUGGACUGCCAAAUAUCUCAUUUGCUUAG